AUGAGGCCAUCCACGAGAUCGCCAACAGCUACAACUUGCGCCGUGACUUUGAUUGGAGCAUUCAAAUUGGGGAAAGACUUAGAGAAGCACUUGACUCACUGUAGAAUCCUUGGUUAUCUCUUUCAUCAUUUUCCUGUUCGCGAUAUCAAACCAUUUGUCAGGGGAAUCAUAACAACCAACAGUCAGCAAGACAAACUACUCCAGUUAGGGGAGAUCUAUUAUGAUUUCUUCAUUCGAUCGUGUACGUCCUCGGUGGCUUUUACUCGUGGCAUGCUUAAGUCUAACGAAGGACAACUGCCGUCGUUUUCGUCUUUUCUAUCACCACACUCCCCUGGUAAUGUCACAAAGCUGAUAGAGUGUAUGCUGCAAGAGGCCCCUCAAGAUCAUCGAACGGCUACAAAAACAUGUUUCUUUCAGUGUCCUGUUACGAAGGUGUAUGAUUGGGACGCUGCCAUGUGCAACAGAGAGAUGGAAAUGAAGAUUAUGUGUGAAGGAGCGGAGGGAGGGUUCACUCAGUGUGUUCACAUCUUUCCAGAGUUUACCAACGCAAAUAUCACACCAGACUCGACCGAAAUUAAUUUUUCACUCAACCACGUGACAUAUGCUGCCUCCGUUUGGGGGGCCCUUGAAUGCUUUGGUUACUUGGGACUAUGGAAGGAGCUCAAUGGUCCCAAUAUGCAUCGAUUGGAAAACAUAGUGACAAUGGAAAAAUCGCUUCGUGUCCGUUUCGAUCGGUUAUGGAUUCUGGUUCAGCUGCAACGGUUUGCACCAUAUUUUCUCUCCUUUUGUCUUUGGCAUCUGAACAAGGACCUCACAUCAUAA